UUUAAAAGCAACUUGAUGUCCACACUACAUGUAUGAAUAACACCCACAACCCUACGCCAAAAUAAGAAAUUAAAAGGUGCAGCUACUAUGUUUCAAGAACUGAAAAAUAAAGCGCACAUUCGUCACAGCCCAGCAGGGUCAUUCACGCGCACGCAUGUUUAUCCAUUGGAGCCAUGAACGCGCCCCCUGCCCGUAGAAGGUGAGAGAGUAUCUGGAAGAGACGACUCGAGUACGCGACUGCAGGGAUCGAUCGGAUUAAACUCGAAUUGAGUGAAAUUAACACAAAGGAGAAAAACCGAGUCGGUGAAGACGGGAUACCGACACGCCGAACAUGAUAAAAUAACUUGAAUUUCGUCAUUUAUUAACGGACCAGAAAGGAUUGUACUGGAGAUACUAACGGGAGUUUAUUUGACAACCUGAAUUGACCAAGCUUGUUGGGUCCUGUAACCUGUCUUUGCCUGACUCUGCAUUCUCCUUCUCAGGGAGAAUUAGGGAAAUAUGGAGUGACAUGCUGAAGAUCAUUUAGCGGAUUAGAGGCUUUGAGGACAUCCACCUCUGUGUGAGCGCAGGUUCCCUGGAACCUCAUUUCCCCCCAGCAGCAAUGGCUGACCCGGGGAUGUUGAGCCUGUUCGGGGAUGAUGCCAACCUGUUCUCGGACGGGCUGGAGGGCCUUGGGGACUGUGGCUUCCCCCAGGGCCAGCCCAACCCUGUAGGACAGCAGGAGCACCAGGACUACGGGUCGCUCUCCUCCAACUCACUACACCACCCCUCGCAGGCCGUCCCCGGAAAGCCCAAGAUGGGUCACCCCUACGACCCCUUUGCAGGCUACGAGCAGCAGCAGGACAACGGCCCCACCGUCAACAGCAUGGUGACCCCGCACUCACGCUACCACAACAGCCCCCAACAACCCGGAGGGGGGCACCAUGUCUACCCCAGAGCCCAAGGCGAUGGGCACGGGCAGUCCUUCCCUGCCGGAGUAGCCGCGUGGGGCCCCCAGACUGGCCCCGGGCAGGGCAGGCCUCCAUUCCAGCAGCAACAGGUAUCCGCCCAGGCCCCAUCCCACCAGCAGCACGACCCCUCAGGGCCCCAGGACCACGGCCACCGUAUGGGCCCCUACAUGGGCCGGUCCGACUACGCCACUAUGCAGGGCCACCCUGGCCAGACCCAGACGCCACCCAGGAUCAACCACUUCCCUCCGGGCAUGGGCAAGGAGCCCAACCACUACAUGGGCCACGUGGGGCUCCAGCAGAACUCCAGCAUGACGGGUCACCCGGCACAGCAACAGCAGUUUCUUCACCAGCCCGGCCAGGGCCCUGUUCACACCCAGGACCGCAUGGCCUCCCACACCUCUCACCAGCAGCACCAGGGCUUGGCCGGGAGGCCACACCAGAACAUGGGGUUCAACAUGCACGGCCAGGCAGCCUCUCCUGGUGCUGUAACCAGCUCAGGGCCGUACCCCCCCUACCCCCAGUACAGCAACCAUAAUCAGGGAUUAGCCGGCAGUGCAGGGAUGAGUCCCGGCAUGAGCCUCAGCAGCACCAGUAACAACAACAGUAGCGCCAGCGGGCCAAUGGGGCCAGCACAAGUCCAGUGUUACCCCAACGCAGGGGGGGCCCCACAGCGCUACCCGGGUCCUCAGGUACACCAGCAGCCUGUCCACCCAAACCAAAUCACCAGCCAGCCCAUGCACCCCUCCCAGGCCCAGGCCACCCCCCAUAAGCAGCCCCACCUCCCCACACCACCUCAUGGAUCUUACGGCUCUCCCACCUCCAUGUCCCCCAUGAAGGGCAUGGGAACCACCACGGUCACACCUCCGCCUCAACAGGUCCGACCCCCUAGUGCAGGUCUUGCUCCCGAGGUAGGGUUGUACCCCGGAGUGCCACUCCAGGCCCCUAACCCCAUGGCCCCUCAGAGAAACACCACUCCCCUGGGCGUGCAGCAACCGCAACAUCAUCCCCAGCACCUCUCCCACCCUCAGCAGCACCCCCACAUGCCCCCGAGCCAGCAGCUCUACCCGGGUAUGUCCCCCAACCAGAGAGGCCCUCUCGACCAGGUGAGACCUCCAGGUCCUAUGGCCCACGGUGAGCCUCCAGGACCACAGGACCAGCGGCUGCUCCCUCCCCAGCAACAGGCUCCCAAAUCUGGGCAGCAGCCUCCUCCCGUGGCCUUCCAGCAGCAGGUGCACCCAGCCCAGACUGCUUUGCCCUCGUCACAGGCUCAGACACAUCUGGCCGGCCCCCACCACCAGAGCUCCCCGCCCAACCAGCCACCUUGGGCGCCGGCAGGACACCAGUCGCCUCCAACCCCCCAGAAAGUGCCUCACAUUCAGUAUUCUACGUCAUCUGAGAUGACAGCUUCUGACAGGACACCCGCUUCGGGGGCAAACCUCCAGCCAGCCAACCGUGACAAGAAGCCCACUGAGCAGAAACCAAAAAAGAAGAAAGCAAAGGUGAUGGUGGAGGAAAGAGUAGAGGGGAAAAAGAAACCAAAAAAGAAGAAAGGAGGAUGUAUAGAGGAAUGUGGCGAGGAGGGGAAACGAAAGGUCGGGGACGGUCCCUGGGCGGAGGUUAACUGUCUGACAGGUGCCCUGGAGGAAUCGCUUGUGGUGAAGACAAAGAAGAAACCGAAGGAGCCUAAAGAGCCCAAGACUCCCAAAGAGCCCAAGGAGAAGGCCAAGAGCACUACCCCCAAGGCCAAGAUGCCCAAGAAGCCCAGAAGCACUAAUAAGGUGGAGUCAGCGGAGGGCAGUGGCAGCAGUGUGAAGGAGACUAAGAGGAAGAGGGAGCCCCCGGUCAGCUCCGAUGUGGAGAAGUCACCCUCAGGCCCCUCCGAUGAGGACGACGACGACGACAGUGUCCAGAAGCGGCGUUCCAGUCGUCAGGUGAAGAGGAAGCGCUAUACAGAGGAACUGGAGUUGAGGAUUUCAGACGAUGGAGAUGUUUCCCCCGCUCCCAAGUCGCCCUUCAACAACUCUGAACAGCAGGAGGUGGAGACAGAGGGGCCUGUGGUGGAGAAGAUCCUGUCUAUACGCAUGGGGAAGAAAGAGAUGGAAUCGGGAGAGAAAAUGGAAGUGGAAGAAUUCUAUGUGAAAUUCAAGAGCUUCUCCUACCUGCACUGUCGCUGGGCAGAUCUGGAGGAGCUGGAGAAGGACAAAAGGAUCCACCAGAAGGUCAAGCGGUUCAGGGCCAAGCAGGCCCUCCCCACCUUCGUGACAGAGAUGGAUGACGAGCCUUUCAACCCAGACUACGUUGAGGUGGACCGGGUACUGGACGUGUCAGAGAGCACAGAUGAGAACGGAGAGCCUGUAAAGCUGUACCUGGUGAAGUGGUGUUCCCUGCCCUAUGAGGAUAUAACUUGGGAGCUGAAGGCCGACAUCGACCAGGCCAAGAUCGAUGAGUACGAGGCCGUGGCGGCCCGUCAGCCCGAGACCAAACGCGUGGAGCGACCUCCCACCGAAAACUGGCAGAAAUCCGAGAGUUCCAGGGAUUAUAUAAACGACAACGCACUCAGGGAAUACCAGCUGGAGGGAGUGAACUGGUUGCUCUUCAACUGGUACAAUACACGGAACUGCAUCCUAGCAGAUGAAAUGGGCCUGGGCAAGACCAUCCAGUCCAUCACAUUCCUCUAUGAGAUCUACUUGAAGGGGAUCCACGGGCCCUUCCUGGUCAUCGCCCCCCUCUCCACCAUUCCAAACUGGGAGCGGGAGUUCCGCACGUGGACCGAGCUCAACGUGAUCGUCUACCACGGCAGCCAGGCCAGCCGCAAGACCAUCCAGGCCUACGAAAUGAACUACCGCGACGUGCAGGGUCGUGUGAUAAAGGGAGCGUACAAAUUCCAUGCGGUCAUCACCACAUUUGAGAUGAUUCUUACAGACUGUCCGGAGCUGCGCAGCGUCCCAUGGCGCUGUGUGGUCAUCGACGAGGCUCACCGCCUCAAGAACAGGAACUGCAAACUGCUGGAGGGUCUCAAGAUGAUGGACAUGGAGCACAAGGUGCUGCUGACCGGGACGCCCCUGCAGAACACGGUGGAGGAGCUCUUCAGUCUGCUCAACUUCCUGGAACCGGAACGCUUCCCCUCGGAGAACACCUUCAUGCAGGAGUUUGGAGACCUCAAGACUGAGGAGCAGGUCCAGAAGCUGCAGGCCAUCCUGAAGCCCAUGAUGCUGCGACGUCUCAAGGAGGACGUGGAGAAGAACCUGGCUCCCAAGGAGGAGACCAUCAUUGAGGUGGAGCUGACCAACAUCCAGAAGAAGUACUACAGGGCCAUCCUGGAGAAGAACUUCUCCUUUCUGUCUAAAGGAGGACCGGGAGGAGGAGGUGGCGCAUGGGGAGGCGGAGGUGCACAGGUCCCCAACCUGCUCAACACCAUGAUGGAGCUGAGGAAGUGCUGCAACCACCCCUACCUCAUCAAUGGUGCAGAGGAGAAGAUCCUGGACGACUUCCGUGAGAACCACCAUGCCGAGAUGCCCCAAUUCCACCUACAGGCCAUGAUCCAGGCAGCGGGCAAGCUGGUGCUGAUCGACAAGCUGCUGCCCAAGCUGAAGGCCGGGGGACACAGGGUCCUCGUCUUCUCCCAGAUGGUGCGCUGCCUGGACAUCCUGGAGGACUACCUCAUCCAGAAACGGUACCCGUAUGAGCGUAUCGAUGGCCGUGUGAGGGGUAACCUCCGGCAGGCUGCGAUUGACCGCUUCUCUCGUCCGGACUCUGACCGCUUUGUCUUCCUGCUGUGUACCCGGGCUGGAGGCCUGGGCAUCAACCUGACCGCUGCCGACACCUGCAUCAUCUUUGACUCGGAUUGGAACCCCCAGAAUGACUUACAGGCGCAAGCCAGAUGCCACAGGAUUGGCCAGAGCAAGGCAGUGAAGAUCUACAGGCUGAUCACCAGGAACUCCUAUGAGAGGGAGAUGUUUGACAAGGCCAGCCUCAAGCUGGGCCUCGACAAGGCUGUGCUGCAGUCCAUGAGUGGCCGAGAAAACGCAGCCAACGGGGUUCCACAGCUGUCUAAGAAGGAGGUGGAGGACCUCCUCCGUAAAGGAGCCUACGGAGCUCUGAUGGACGAGGAGGACGAGGGCUCGAAGUUCUGCGAAGAGGACAUUGACCAGAUCCUCCUGAGACGAACCCAGACCAUCACCAUUGAGUCCGAGGGCAAGGGGUCCACCUUUGCCAAGGCGAGUUUUGUGGCUGCUGGGAACAGGACGGACAUUUCCCUGGAGGACCCGGACUUCUGGCAGAAGUGGGCCAAGAAGGCAGAGCUCGACAUGGAAGCCAUCAAUGGACGAAACACCCUUGUGAUCGACACUCCGAGGGUGCGGAAGCAGACACGCCACUACAGCUCGAUGAAGGAGGACGAAUUGGCCGAGUUCUCCGAGCUGGAAAGUGACGGCGAGAACGAGAAGCCCUUGACCAAACCCAGGCGGCCCCAGGACCGAGCUCACGGGUACCCCCGCAGCGAAUGCUUCAGGGUGGAGAAGAACCUGCUGGUUUAUGGGUGGGGUCGCUGGGGAGACAUCCUGUCCCGUGGGCGUUUCAAGCGGCCCCUGCAGGAGCAAGACGUGGAGACCAUCUGCCGCGCCCUGCUGGCCUACUGCCUGCUGCACUACCGUGGCGACGAGAACAUCAAGUGCUUCAUCUGGGACCUCAUCACGCCAUCUGAGGACGGACAGAGCCGCACACUCACCAACCACUCCGGUCUGUCUACUCCAGUACCGCGGGGUCGUAAGGGGAAGAAGGGGAAACCAGCCCCGCCUGCCCCCCCCCAGCUCCCCAGGGCAGAGUGGCUGGCCAGCUGUAACCCUGACCUGCUACUGCAGGAGGACAGCUACAAGAGACACCUCAAACACCACUGUAACAAAGUUCUACUGAGGGUCCGUAUGCUCUACUAUCUGCGACAGGAAGUCAUCGGUGACCACGCCGACAGGAUCCUAGAGGGAACAGACUCAAGUGAAAUGGAUAUCUGGAUCCCGCAGCCUUUCCACGCCGAGGUGCCCGCCGAUUGGUGGGACAGCAAGGCAGACAAAUCGCUGCUCAUCGGUGUCUUCAAACACGGCUAUGAGAAGUAUAACUCGAUGCGUGCCGACCCUGCGCUGUGGUUCUUGGAGCGGGUGGGCAUGCCCGACGCCAAGGCCAUCGCCGCAGAGCAGAGGGGGGCGGACAUGAUGGCAGAUGGUCCGGAGGGAGAGGAUGAAGACCCAGAGUACAAGCCUCUCCGCAUGACCUUUAAAGAUGAGAUGGAGGACUUCGCGAACUCACCCCUGGAUGACAAAGAGGAGACUGUCGACGUUGAGAGUGGUGAAUCUAAACCAGGUGAGAAUGUAGCAGGCAGCAGAGGGGCGGGUCGUCUGUACUGGCCGGCGGCCUCGGCCCUCACCGCUAGACUCCGCCGCCUCAUCACGGCCUACCAGCGCACGCACAAGAGGGAGCAGCUCCGCCAGGAAGCCAUGGCCCGGCCCGACGGACGCCGCCGCCGCCAGCCCCGAGAACAUCUCUUCUCCAUGGUCACAGAUGGAGGGGCCUACGUGCAGGAGGACGGAGCAUUCAUGGCAGAGGGAAAUCCUUAUAUGGCCACGGGCGCCGCUUUUAUGCCUGAGACGACGGGGCUCCUGGCGGAAGGAGGGGCCGCCUUCAAAGAGAGGCGUCAGAGGUGGACCAGGCGUGAGGAAUCAGACUUCUACCGGGUUGUGUCCACGUUUGGUGUGAUCUAUGACACGGACCGCCAGCGCUUUGACUGGACCCAGUUCAGGGCCUUCGCCCGGCUGGACAAGAAGAGUGACGAGAGCCUGGAGAAAUACUACUUCUCCUUCGUGGCCAUGUGCAAGCGGGUGUGUCGCAUGCAGGUCAAGGCCAACACAGAGCUCCCAGACCCUACCCUGAUCAUCGACCCCAUCACGGAGGAGCGCGCCUCACGCACCCUCUACCGCAUUGAGCUGCUGCGUCGCAUUCGCGAGCAGGUGCUGCCCAACCCCCUGCUAGGUGAGCGCCUGCGCCUCUGCCAGCCUAGCUCUGACCUGCCGGAGUGGUGGGACUGCGGCCGGCACGACUACGACCUCCUCCUGGGCGCCUCCAAGCACGGCGUGAGUCGCACUGACUACCACAUCCUCAACGACCCUGCGUUGGGCUUCCUGGAGGCCCACAGGAAGUUCACCAAGGGGGGAUUGGCUGGGGUGCCUCAGCCGCCCCGCGAUGGAGUUCUCUCUACUGCUUCUUCCUCUUCCACUGAGCAGGCCACAGCUACUGCUGGUGCUGAGAAAUCCUUACCUGUCCAAGAGGACGAAGAAGGGAAGGAGAUGAAAGAGGAAGGUAACGACAUUCCAUGUACUAAACCUGAGAAACCAGACGAAGGCAAGGAAGAAGAGAUGGAGGCGAAGAAGGAAGAGAAGGCCGGGUCUCCCAAGAAGGCGAAGGAGGAAGAGAAGGCCGGGUCUCCCAAGAAGGUGAAGGAGGAAGAGAAGGCCGGGUCUCCCAAGAAGGUGAAGGAGGAAGAGAAGGCCGGGUCUCCCAAGAAGGUGAAGGAGGAAGAGAAGGCCGGGUCUCCCAAGAAGGCAAAGGAGGAAGAGAAGGCCGGGUCUCCCAAGAAGGCGAAGAAGGAAGAGAAGGCCGGGUCUCCCAAGAAGGCGAAGGAGGAAGAGAAGGCCGGGUCUCCCAAGAAGGCGAAGGAGGAAGAGAAGGCCGGGUCUCCCAAGAAGGUGAAGGAGGAAGAGAAGGGAGAGGAGGAUGACAAAGAGGAGGAAAUGGAGGUCAACGGCGACGCUGACGGAGAUACUUCCAAGGAGGCCAAACCCGAGAAGGGGUACAAAGCUACCACUGAGGAGACCAAGGACCAGGACAAAAAGCUGGACUUCCAGGAGAAACCAGAGUCUCCUAAAGCAUCAGAAGAGCAGGGAACCAAGAAACAAGAGAGAGAUGAGAAAGAAGGAAGCCCUGCCAAGUCUCCUAAACCAGUGGCUGAGAAAGGGCCCGAUGAGGAGAAGAUGGAGGAAGACGACAAGUCUGAGAAGUCCUCUCAAGCUGAAGCGGGCGCCACCUCAGAGCAGAAGAACUUUGACGAGGAGAGCAACGCCUCACUGAGCACCACGGCCAGAGACGAGACCCGCGACGGGUUCUGCCCCGAGGACGGAGAGCCCUCUGCCAUCCCGGCCCUCCAGGAGAGAAUCACCUCAUCCUUCUGGCCCAAGGACCGCAUCAUGAUCAAUCGCAUGGACAACAUCUGCGAUGCGGUCAUCAAGGGCAAGUGGCCCGCCAACCGACGCCAGUUCUUCGACUUCCCGGGCCUGUUGCCUGGAUACCCCGGCCCCAUGACGUCUGAAAGCCCCAUGACGAGGCAGAGCCUGGCCGAACUGUCGAUGGCAGCGGCCGCUCAGACCAGCUUCAGUGGCAGCGAGGACCUCACCCUCUCGCCCCAGGCUAAUGAGGAUGCUCUGAGCAUAUCAUUGCCGAAGCAGCGUCGUCGCAGGCGGAGGAAGGUGGAGAUAGAGGCAGAGCGUGCGGCCAAGCGCAGGAACCUGAUGGAUAUGGUGGCCCAGCUCAGAGAGUCUCACGCUGCAGAGUCCCAGAGCCAGGCCAUGGAUCUUACCAAGGGUAUUCUGCACCAGCACCACAAGUCUUCAGCGCCCUCCCCGGCGAGCUACUCCAGCAGCAUGGUGUCACCUGCUGCCCUCAAGGCACAGAUGGAGCUUCUGCAGCCGGCCACACCCUCCAGACACAGGGCCAACUGCUCAUUGGCCGAGGCUGACCUGCCCACCAGGAGGAGGCGGGGCCGCAGGAAAAAUGUGGAGGGGCUGGAGCUGCUGUUCAUGAGAGGAGCCACGGAGGAUUCAGAGAGGACCAAAGCUUCAGUGGAGGGGUUGCAGAUGCCCCCACGUUCCCACCGCCACAACAUUCCCAGCACCUCCGCCUGUGUCCCCUCUGUCAGCGCUAUGGAGGACAGGGAGGCUGGUACCCCCUCUAACAAAGACCUGAGUGACUGGCUCAGACAGCACCCCACAUACACCAUGGACAUGCCUACUGCGUACACACCAAAGAGUGAGGAGACGCUCCUCUCCUCCCAGUUCCCCAAACCCAAGCAAAAGAGACACCGCUGCCGGAACCCCAACAAGAUCGACAUCAACACGCUCACCGGAGAAGAGAAGGUUCCCGUGAUCAACCGGAGAAACGGAAGAAAGAUGGGUGGUGCCAUGGCCCCUCCCAUGAAGGAUCUUCCCAGAUGGCUCCUGGAGAACUCAGAUUUUGCCGUCGCUCCAGACUGGACUGACAUUGUCAAGCAAUCGGGCUUCCUCCCUGAGGCCAUGUUCGACCGUCUCCUGACUGGGCCCUUGGUGCGUGAGGAGGGUGUCCGUCGUCGGGGAAGACGUCCCAAAUCGGAGAUCACCAAGGCAGCAGCGGCCCAGGCUGCAUCCUCUGGGGGCCUUAACCCCCUGCUGAUAAACGGCCUGUUUGGAGGCAUGGACCUCACCAGCUUGCAGGGCCUACAGAGCCUCCAGAGUCUGCAGCUGCAGCUCAUGGGCUUCCCCGGCAUGGGGGGGGCUGACGCUAAACACGCCUCGGCCAUGCUGCCUCUCAUGCUGCCUGGCAUGGCUGGUAUGGGCGGUCUGCCCAACAUGUUUGGCCUGGGAGGCCUGUUCGCAAGCAACCUGGCUGCAGCCACGCCUGCUGCAGCUUCCAACGGCACCAACGACGAGGGCGAUUCGGACGAGACAUCGAAGAGAGACGCCAGGGAGGGUGGACAAGAGCAGGAUGAGGAGAAGGACGACACUGGGGAGGAGGCAGAGUCGAGCAAGGCUAAUGGGGAGGCCGCGGCUCUGAAUGUGGCUGCUGCCGCUAUGGCCGCCUCCGGCAUGUCAGCUCCCUCACUGGCCUUCAAUCCCUUCCUGCUCUCCACCAUGGCCCCGGGGCUCUUUUCCCCCUACAUGUUCCUGUCCCCUGGCCUGGGAGCUCUCACCCUGCCUGGCUUCCCCCCCACUGCCCUGGCCGACCUGCAGAGUGCCAUGGCUGGAGCCAUGGGGGUUGCCUCUGGAGCUCAGGGCCAGGAGAAGGAGCCCGGCCAGGUUGCCGCUACCGCAGACCUAGAGACUGCUGAUGACAGUGACUCAGCUGAGAGCCUGGAGAAGACUGCAGAGUCGUCUGCGCUAGAAGAUGAGGCCUCAGCAUUAGCAGAGGAAGCCGACUCACCGGAAGACCUGGAGGCCGAGGAGGAAGGAGAGGAAGCCCUUAAGGAGGAAGAGAAGAGUGACUGAAUCUAACUGGCCUUUGACCCCCCCCCCCCCCACACACACACACACACACACACCAACUUGAUAUCCAAACAUAUGAAUUAGUUUUUUCUUUUUUGUUUUCAUUGUUUUUGUUUCUUUGACAGGUAAACAUUUUAAUCAGGGAGAGCAUAUGUAGCUAAAAGGCUCUUAAUGUGUUGUUAAUGGCAUAGUCAGGGAAAAAGCUAACUGAAGUAGAGUUUUGCGGAUGUUUUAAGGGUGUUAUUUUUGGUCUUUGUUCACUGAACGGUGCAUUCUAGAUGAAAUGGGAAAUUUCCUCAAAUAUUAUUAUAGGAAUUAAUCGUUCCAAUAGUGCUAUGCUGCUUUUCUGUUUCAUUUAUUAUUUAAUUUUUUGGUGGAUAUUGUGACAGUAAGUAGCAUCUCGUAACUCUCCAGUGGCGUACAAUUUAACGGCAUUAAGCGUCUGUCUAUAUGCUGCUGAUGAAAAGGAUCAUGGGUAAUUUAGAUUUUGCUGUUGUACUGUUCUGCUUUUAAGAGCAGGAUGAAGUUCUCACAAAUCAGAUGGCCUAAAAAUCUGACUGUUCCCAGUCUCUCACUGACGAUCACACACACACCCACACACACCCGACUAUCUAUUCCUGUAGUCUUACACUCUAACAAUCCAACUUGACUGUUCCCAGUCUCUCACUGACGAUCACACACACACACGUCUACACCCACACACACCCGACUAUCUAUUCCUGUAGUCUUACACUCUAACAAUCCAAACUGACUGUUCCCAGUCUCUCACUGACGAUCACACACACACACGUCUACACCCACACACACCCGACUAUCUAUUCCUGUAGUCUUACACUCUAACAAUCCAACCUGACUGUUCCCAGUCUCUCACUGACGAUCACACACACACACGUCUACACCCACACACACCCGACUAUCUAUUCCUGUAGUCUUACACUCUAACAAUCCAACCUGACUGUUCCCAGUCUCUCACAGACGAUCACACACACACGUCUACACCCACACACACCCGACUAUCUAUUCCUGUAGUCUUACACUCUAACAAUCCAACCUGACUGUUCCCCCGUUUCAAUCGGACGGUCCUACCGUCACCCUCCAACCGUUCCUCUCCCAUUACCCUUCUCAGUAGCAGUUUUCUGUCUACUAUUAACACCCAUAUUGUCUGACUCUUCCAAGUCACACUGGUUAUAGAAACAGUUUUCCAGUUUCACAGCGACCGAUGGCCCUGGGUCUCCUGCCUGUUUUUAGUCUGACACUGACAAAGCCGAGCAGAGGAGAGACCUCUCUCCAACAACGCGGAGGGAGACAGCAAUAACCGAAGGCAGCUUUUUGAAUGUUUCAAACAUCGCUCUCCCAUUUAAACACAACUACAACCACAAGUGUUGGUGAAAAAGAGAAAUGAAAUCGCAUACAAAUGAUGACAUUAAAAAGUUCUGCAAUCUAUUCGUCUCACUCUAUUCCUGAUGAUGCACUGGUGUAAGAGUAAAAUAAUCAGGUACCUUUUAUCUUUGAAUGGACUUUUUGUUUCUUUUAGCCACCAAGCUGAACAGCAUUACCUCAAUUCUAACUAGCCUUGAAGUUUACAGACAUGCGUUGUAAAUGGGUUUUUUGUGUCUGUUAUUUUUUUGGAACAUCGUAUGAUGAACUGUUGUUAUGACGCUUUUAAUAAAAGUGAAUCAUGAUUUUCGCCUAGGAAACCAAACCCAGAGUGCUUGUUGUGACUGUUUUGGAAUUAGAUGUUAAAUGUAGAUGUCUAUUUUGAGUGUUAAAUGACGUUGGUUGAUUCAUGGUGGUGAUAUUGUCAGAAAGCAGCAGAAAAUGACGUAAAUAUCCCAGAAUCUGAAAAUAAAGGGUUAAGUGCAGAUGGA